UCAUGCUCCUUCAAUCUUGAUCUGAAAUCUAUUCUCUCCUCAAUUAAACAGAUCAAAGAUAAGAAGGAGCGACGAAAUGUUAUAAAUUCAACGAUGAAAUCAAUGUUAUAAAUUGAACAAUUUUGUUCUCGUCGUAUAUAUAUAAUUAAUGGGGAAUUGCUUUCAUAGAAGUAGGAUGUGUGCUUUGACAACUCUUGAUUUUAGAAGAGGCUGUCAAGAAUGUGUACACAGGCCAAAACAUGAUGGUGUUGAACGUAAUCAUAAUGCUCAUAUUCAUCGACCUCCACCUUCAGCUUCUGCAACGAAUAAGAGACGAAGCCAUCCAUUGCCGACUCCAAACUAUUCACCACAGAUAAGCCUACACCAUGAGAGCAAGACAAAUUCGUUGCCACUGCCGAAGCCAGAAAACCCUAUUCAAGACGAAGAAGCAAGCUGGGCAAUUGGAGCUUGUAUUCUUCCAUUGCCAACUUCAGAGUCCGAGAUUCUAUCAGCCCCGAAUCUAAAGUCAUUUUUAAUGGAUCAGCUGAGUCGAGCUACCUCAAAUUUUUGUGAGGAUAGCUUGCUCGGAGAAGGCGGAUUUGGCUGCGUGUAUAAAGGCUGGUUGGAUGAGAAAACCCUAAAUGCUUCAAACCCUAGUUCAGGCUUUCCGGUCGCUAUCAAGAAGCUCAUCCAUUCUGGCUUCCAGGGUCAUAGAGAGUGGCUGUCGGAAGUGAACUAUCUAGGCCGACUUCACCAUCCGAAUCUAGUGAAACUCAUUGGAUAUUGCUUAGAAGGCGUAGAUCGGAUUCUGGUGUAUGAGUUCAUGCCCGGAGGCUGCUUGGAGGAUCUAUUGUUCACCAGAUCAAAAAAUUGUCCAGUUCUUUCAUGGGUAACAAGGGUUCAUGUAGCUGUAGGAGCAGCACGAGGGUUGUGUUUCCUACACGAGCUGCAAUCGCCGGUCAUAUAUCGCGAUUUUAAGGCGUCCAAUGUGUUGCUAGAUUCUGAGUUCAACGCAAAACUUUCGGAUUUUGGACUGGCAAAAACUGGCCCCACUCAGUCUCAGACUCAUGUAACCACCAGAGUAAUGGGCACCGAAGGUUAUUGUGAUCCACGCUAUAUUGCCACAGGAAAAUUGACGGUAAAAUGCGACGUAUAUAGCUUCGGAGUGGUGCUACUAGAGCUGCUAACGGGACGUCCGGCCAUCGACGAGACAAAGUUUGAGGAGGAGAAGAAUUUGGUAGAAUUGGCAAGGCUUCAUAUUAAUGACAAGGGCAAAUUGUUCAGAAUGAUGGACACAAGGUUAGAGGGACAAUAUUGCAAGAGAAGUGUUUACAUUGUUGCAAAUAUAGCGUUGCGAUGUUUAAAUCUCGAGCCCAAAUAUCGGCCGCCUAUGACUUACAUAUUGGAUAUUCUUCAAAACCUUCCUUCCUAUAAAUCACAACAUUGA